CUCCCUUUGCCCCUGAAUCAAGAUUUUUUUCCCCUGUAGAUUGGUUGCACUUUUGUUAACACAAAGAAGAUUCCAAUAUGGCAAAUCAAGUGGCGGUGAAUGGCGAGACCCGGGGCUUCACAUCUAAGAAGACGACCAGGGACUACGAAUCGUCUUUGGAACUAUCCGUGCAAGCGCGGAUAUUUAAAAUCAUUGUGAUCGGGGACUCUAAUGUCGGGAAGACGUGCCUGACCUUCAGAUUCUGCGGGGGGACGUUUCCCGAUAAGACCGAGGCCACCAUCGGAGUGGAUUUCCGAGAGAAGCCCGUGACUAUCGAAGGAGAAACGAUCAAGAUUCAGGUCUGGGAUACUGCGGGACAAGAACGAUUCAGGAAAAGUAUGGUACAACACUACUACAGAAAUGUACACGCUGUGGUAUUUGUGUACGAUGUAACAAAACAAAACUCCUUUGAAAACCUGAAAGCUUGGAUUCAAGAAUGCAACAACCACUCAGUGUCACCCAGUGUGCCGCGGGUGCUGGUCGGUAACAAAUGCGAUCUCACCAACGAGAUCCAGGUAUCUUCCAAUGUCGCGCUCCGCUUUGCAGAUGCCAACAACAUGCUUUUGUUUGAGACGUCAGCAAAAGAUCCAAAAGAAAGCGACCACGUGGAAUCCAUUUUUAUGUCUCUUGCAUGCAAGCUGAAGGCACAAAAAAGAUUGACUUUCCAAGCGGUGCAGAAAAAAGAUAGUAAAGUUCAGGUUUCACAGUCAAAUGCUCGCAGUACGUGUCCAUGUUGAGUGUUUAGCGUGCGGUGGUGAGAAUGGAAGCUAUUAGACUGUGCCUGUGUCAGUUUAUUAAAACUAUUUGCUUGUACUUUAAUGUAUACAACAUUUGAGACAACAAAUUUGGAGUUCCUGAGACCAAAAGAUUUCAAUUAAGUAAAUUUGUUUUAUAACAUAUCUAUAACCUUUCAAUGAUUUAAGCUAAUUUUCAAAUAAACAUUGUCAUUUGGAAAGUAUCUUGUGAAAUACUGCCAAGUUUGUAAAUAUGCAGUGAUGUGCAAGUCGAUGGGUUGCCUUCACAAUUGUAUUGUUAAAGUUCUGGAUGCAUGAAAUAUAAGGGCUAUUCCCAUAAUUGUAAGCUAUCUAUGGAAAAUUACAUUUAAAGGGUAUACAGGUUAGAGAUAAGGCAAUAACAUUGCAGCCCUGAAGUUUCAAUCUGUGCUCCCAGUCGGGUGCAUUGUAUUGUGGAAUUAGCGCAAGUCUAUGCUUUCAUGAUGCCAAUGGUUAGAGGUUUGAUGCUGUUCAAAGAACAGGAAUUCUUGAUUCUCUCGCAAUUCAUGUGGAUAAAUGUUGAAAUCAGUUGAUCAUUUUUUAGUUUUAUAUUAAAAUGCUUUUACACAAGGGUAUUUUAUCUGUGGAAGUCCCUCAGGGAUCUCUGGUAAGAUUUCUAACUUUGAGUUAUUUUCAAUCUCUCAGAUUAAGCUUCUUCGAUUGAUUUGUAGAAGCCUGGACCAAAUGCAUACGAAAAUUCGAAUAGACCAUGAGUGAAGCAAAAGCUACUAAAGAUAGACAUGAUAAUGAAGGAGGUAUUUCAUAGGUCUAAUCUUGAAUUUGACAAACUUAGAAAAUAAAUUAUAAUCUCAAUAAACGCAAAUGCUUUUCCAUAAUAUUUGACUGAAAGGCAGUGAUCAGAUUAUAACUGGUGAUUGCAAAA